GCUGUGAGCUCGAGGGCCACCAUGACGACGGUCAACCUCAUACCUCGCCACAUCUUCGGACUCAAAACCGAUGUCCACUCGAACGUGGCUUUCGUCGACGACCAAACUGUGGCAUAUCCCGCAGGCCACCAGAUAGUGGUGUGCUCCCUCGACGACAAGCGCCAGAAGUUCAUCGCCGGCACUGAAGCCUCGGAGGGCGUCACCGCCACAGCGCUGGCCCCAAGUCGUCGCUUCCUGGCCGUUGCUGAGCGCAGCGAACGAGCGCUCGUGAGCAUUUUCGACCUCAAGACGCUAAAGAAGCGCAAGGUGCUGAGCUCGGCCGAUGCACAAGCCCGGAGCUACGUCAGCAUGGCCUUUAGCGCCGACAACCAACUCCUUCUCACACAAGGAGGGGCCCCCGACUGGAUGCUGACGUGCUGGAAUUGGUCCAAAGGUAAGCCUGUGGCCAGCGUCAAGGCUCCACUGCAUGUCAUGGCGCCCCAUGCAUCUCCAAGCUCGGCGAUGCUGGCGCUUGCAGGUCAGUCAACGAUGCACACGAUCAGUGGCAGCAUGGCUCACUUGAGCUCGUCACCGUCCGACGCCAACCUCAUGGGAUCCGGUGCAAACAACUCGGGGGCGACGGCAGCUACAGCUUCCCCGCCGCAGGUCUCUGCUUGCUCGUUUAGCGAUGUUGACGCAGGAUUGGUGUGCGUCACGGGUGCUGGUCUCGUCCGCUUCUUCAGAGUGCUCGAAACAGCCUUUCGCCCGUUGCCAAGUCCUCGCAUGGAGGCCCACGUGUUCCUAGCCCAUGCUUGGCUGAAGCAGCGUGACGACUACUUAGUCGCAGGCUCCGCCGCGGGGGAUCUGAUGCUUUUUCAUGGAGGCGAGUUUGUCACGCUCGACACCGGAUCUGGUUACGUUGCGACUAUUGCAGUGAGCCCCAACGAAGAUGUCAUUGUCGUCGCCACUUCGAAUGCGCAGCUACUCACAUUUCCGUACCAGAUUCACACAUCAGGAGUGCAUUCCGGUACACCAGCUACCGCUCCGGUGGUAGACGAAUCAGCUUCAAUCGCUGUCAGUGGUGCGGGCGUUGGUGGAGUGCCGGGUGUAGCUACGUCGGAUUCUACAAUUACUCAGAGCGAAGAUGUUGAGUACGUGGUAACGAGUUUUCAUCAGCCGAGCGACCCAAGUACCAGCAAUGGGCCACCGGGGGGAGCUAACGGGGGUAUUCCCGGUGGUUUGCUACAUGUGACGGGCAUGGAUGUGUGCGUGCGCAAGCCUCUCCUCGUGACCUGCGGCUUAGAUCGGACAGUGCGAGUCUGGAAUUAUAUCGACCGCACCUGCGAGGUUGCCAAGCGUUUCAACGAGGAAGCUUUCAGUGUAGCAUGCCAUCCUUCUGGGCUGCACCUGCUCGUCGGCUUUGCGGACAAACUGCGUUUGCUCAAUAUCCUGAUGGACGACAUCCGCUCUUUCAAGGAGCUACCCGUAAAAGCCUGUCGUGAAUGCCAGUUCAGCACAGGUGGGCAUCUCUUCGCGGCAGUAAAUGGCAAUACCAUCCAAGUCUUCUCACUCUUCACGGGAGAGUUGGUUGCCACGCUUCGAGGUCACAACGGCAAGGUGCGCAGUCUCUUCUGGAAUGCUGACGAUUCGAGCAUCGUGUCUGCGGGUCUUGAUGGUGCUGUUUAUCACUGGGACCUUGAUGAGGCAAAACGCGAAGCCGAGUUCGUGCAAAAAGGAGUCUCCUACUACUCAGCACUCUGCAAUCGCGAAGGCACCGCAAUUUACGCUGUUGGGGGUGAUCGAUUGCUCAAAGAAAUUGAAGUACCGUCGUCUCAACUCACCAAAGAAUUUUUGUGUGAUGCUACAUUGGGACAACUCGUGCUGUCUGGAUCACAACGCCUGCUGUUUGGUGCUGGAGCUGAGCCCGAUCGGCCGGGGGCAAUUCGAGCGUUCAAAUUCCCACUGACAGGCGAAUCCACAGAAUUCCAGUGUCUAAGCGCGCCUGUUACUCGGCUGCGGGUCUCAUUUGAUGACCAAUUUCUCUUCGCUGCAGGAGAAGAUGGCGCUGUGUGUAUCUUUGAGGUGCGGGAUAAGGAAGGACGCCCCACGCGCACUACUGGAAAAGACGGCGACAUUUCGUUAUCUGCGGCAUCCGUUGGUGGCGGGUUUGCUGGCGGCUCCUAUCAUCACGACGGCUUCGGAGGUCAUGGAGGUAGCAUGGCGGCGUUUUCGGAGGAGAUUCUGGUGACCAAGUCCGACCUAGAAGAGAAAAAUACGCUGAUGCUCGAGCUGAAGAACAAGGUGGACGAACUCAUGCUCCACAACGAGUAUCAGCUGCGUCUCAAGGACAUGACGUACAACGAGAAUUUGAAAGACCUAACGGAGAAGUUCACGCACGAAAUUGAGCUUGAGAAAAACAAGUACGAACUGCUCAGAGAGGACAAGAACGACAUUGAAAUGGAGUACGAAGAAAAGAUUAAGCAACUGGAGGAGCAUCACCUGCAGCAAAUGCAGGAGACCGAGGCGACAUAUCAGCAAAAGAUUAUGAAAGAAGUUGAACGAUACCAAGAGGUGCUGACCCAGCGUGAGGCGCAGUGCCUCCAUUGGAAAAGUGAACAGCAGCGUCUUGUGACUACACACGAUAAAUAUGUGGCCGACGUCACUGAAGAUUUUGAGCAGCGGUUGAACGAAGAUCGUCAGCUGCGAAUGCAGAUGGAAGAGGAGAAGGACGAGCUAGGUCGGGAGUACCGCGAGACCGUGGCACAGGUCGAAGCCGACGUGGACGAAGAAAUCGAGGCGCUCAAAACGAAGUACGAAGAUAAGUUACAGGCUGAACGCGAGGCUACGCUGCGGUUUAAAGGGGAAAAUGGCAUCAUGAAGAAAAAGUUUUCUGCGCUACAGAAGGAUAUCGAAGACCAACGCGACCAAAUCAAACUACUGCUUGAGAAGGAGAAAGAGCUGAUCGAAGCCAUCAAGCAACUGGAGAAGGAGAUCCAGGCAUUAAAGCGCGAGAUUCGCGCCCGCGACGAAACCAUUGGCGAGAAAGAAAAGAGAAUCUACGACCUCAAGAAGAAGAACCAGGAGCUGGAGAAAUUCAAGUUCGUGCUGGACUACAAAAUUAAGGAGUUGAAGCGUGCUAUCGAGCCGCGCGAGAACGAGAUCGCUGACAUGAAAGCUCAGAUCAAAGAGAUGGACCAGGAGCUGGAGCUUUUCCACAAAAGCAACGCUCAGCUGGAUGUGCUCAUUGGCGAGCAGCGGCAGCGCAUCAACACUUUGCAGAAGUCCAUUGCAGGACACCGGCAAGUUCUGAGCGACCAGCAAACGUCAAUGAGACGCUUUCGCUGCGAUCUACACGAAUGCGUGCGCCACCUGCAGUCACCCAAAGAGCUGGCGCUCCAGGUGGCACAGCUUUACAAUAAGUAUGUGACCACCGACGAUGGACCCGGCGGCUUCGGUUCAACCAAUGCAGGCUCUGGGGGCGACGUCGAAGCUGAAAUCCAGCUCGAGUAUGCGCGACAGAAGCAGUACCUGGAGAAGUCAGUUCACGUUCUCAAGCGCAAGUAUGCGGCUGACGCGCAAGAGCACCAGCGCGAGAAUCUGCGAGCAACCUCUGACAAUAUGCUUCUCAUCCGCGAGAUCAACGACCUUCGCAGCGCCCUCAUAGCUGCCAAGAACAAUCUUCAAAUGGAGCGGGCUACUAUGGCGACUGCUAGUCUAGGAGCCUCAGCCAUGAACCAAGAGAAGACCCACGGCAGCAGGACGUUGGCUGCGGCGCUGGAAGCGGUGGGUGGGGAUCCGGAUGUGCUGAUUGCCAGGCAGCGAGUUGAAAUCGAAGAGCUACGCCGGGCUGUGAAGGCGCUGGAGGACAAGCUGGCGAUCAGUAGUACAGGCAGCAGGUCGGGAGAAGUAUUCCCCCCUAUUGGUCGUGCCGUGGACGGUUAGGUGCUGUAUAUGCAGGGCUUGGAUCGAAUGGAGAAGACUCAAUUGUGUAUUUC